AUGACACCAAAUAAAAAUGAAGGCACGGAAGACGCCAAAUCCUUUUUGAUUCGAGCUUUAGCACCGGUAACGAAUCUUUUUAAAUUGAGACAUCAAGAUAAUUCAGAAAGCGUUCGCAAAGAGAGUUCUGAAGCUGAUUUCAAAGAAUCUCCAAAUAUAAAAAACGAAAAUAGUAAAUCUAAAAAUAAUACCAAAAACAUUAUUGUAUCCAAUGAAGAUGAAUUCGUCACAUUAAAAGGAAUACGACAUGUAGAAUCAGGUGAGCGUUCAAGGUGGCUGGAGUCAGAUUUCGAAAACACCAAUAUGGAACAAGAUCGAAAUCAGGAAAGUUACUCUGAAAACAAAAUUUCGGAAGCAAACAAUUUUAAGAGAACUUUAAAACCAAAUUGUUUUCCAGACGAUGAGAAACCAUGGUGGUUAGAUAGCAGUGCUAAUAUUCCAGAGGGAAUUGAAAGGUUGACUCCUCCAAGGAAGUCUUCUAGUGAUAGUGAUAAAAGUGAAAAGUUUUACCAUUUUAAAAUUCGACAAAUAGAUUCCGGUGAAAGAAAAGAUUGGUGGCUGUCUAAUAGCGAUCAAACUAGUACUGGUAAUAAAUCAGAACUACCUAAUGGUAUCAAAUUAAGCAAAUCUGGUUCCGAUCAAAAAAACUUCCCGAUGAAACGAAUUCGACAUGUUGAAUCUGGUGAGAGCCCUUGGUGGUUAUCUAGCGAAAAGAACAUUCCCGAAGGCAUUGAAAAGUUGCCAACGCCACCACCCCAAGAAGAUAGUGAUUCUUCAGAUUCUGACGAAGUUCAAGAAUACAUACCGCCUAAGGACGACGAAACCGAGAACGAUGGAGUGUGUGACAUAAGCAUCGAUAAUUGUGAUGACGACAGUGAUGCAAAGGAAGAUGAUUCAUAA